AUGGCGGUGAGCGUGGGCAACCUGUUCCGGCUGGGGUCCGGCGUGGGGGCGUCGGUCAAAAGGAGCGCUGCUCGCCGUGAUCAACGUGCGCCGCCGACGCACUUUGACAUUCUCGAGGGCAAAGAGGUGGUGGUCAACCUGAUGACCUUCAACAGCUACGGCUCCUACUUGCGACUGGCCGACGCCGCGGGCGUGAUGUCGUCGUUCGAGAUCAAGCGCGAUCGCGUGCAUGCAAGCUCGCAGUCCUGGUCAUUCUACCGAAAAGCUGGAAAAGCGGCCGAGGCGAGCGGCCAGUCGACGGUGGAGCACAUCUCGGUGGCGCGCAAUCUGGUGGCGUUGGGCGACGGCGUGUACAUGUCGACGACGCGCUACGUGUGGAAGCUGCCUGAGGCAGUGGUGCCCUUCAACGUGCUCACCUACUCGGAUGGCGCGCCCACCCGACGGCCGCGACGCCGAGCCAGGCUGCCCGGCUCGGUGUCAAUGUGGGGGGAGCGCACCUACAGCAAGCCCGACCCGACGUUCAACCUGCCCUGGUGGUGGACCACGUCCAAGCGCGACCGCACGACGCUGACCAAGGAGAUGGUGGCCACGCCGGCCGACCCGGACCUAAGCCCCGACAACUGCCUCGGCGAGGCCUGCCUGCUCGACGACAACACGCUCAUCGGCACGGAGGAGGUGGCGCUGGUGCCAGCGCAGGGCAAGCGCGAGGUGUGGUUCCUGUUCCGCUACGACGGCGUGCAGAACACCAAUGCGACGAGUGAGACCGACGAGGGCGGCGACAUGCACACGGGCAACAACCACGCCUACGCGCUGCUGUUCAACAACAUUGUCGCCCACGGCUACACGCUCCAGACCCUGCGGCUCGACCCCACUAUCGAGCUGGAGGCCGUCACGGAGAGCGGCAGGGGCUACACCACGGGCUACAACGUGACGGCGAGUCGUCGUUGCACCGGCUGCGACGGCGUGGCGCUGUCGGGCAAGGUGGUGGACGCCUGCGGCGUGUGCGACGACGACGGAUCGACGCGCUGCGUGCCCAAGCCGGCGCAAGCCGAGCGGCACUUUGUGCGGCUGGACAAGCACAGCAUCAACGGCGGCGGCGAGGAGUCGUCAUCGUCGUGGUGGUGGUCGAGUCUGGUGACGCGGGUGGGCGUGGGCGACCUGGUGACGUGGGAGGACCUGCUGGACUGGAAGGUGGAGAUCGUGGGCGGGUCUUACGACUACCAGGGCGCGCCGGCCAUCGAUCUGUCGCGGUUGAAGGGCGGCCAGUCGGGCCAGCACGACACGCUCACCGACCUGCCCAGCGACCACGACAUCGACGCCAACGACGCUGCUGCGCCGUCGAACUGA